GCCUUGGAGUCACUGACCGCACUUGUGUUGAUAUCAGCUAGUUUGUUGUUUGGUUUCUACGGCAAGGUGGUUUCUAUGUGCCUCAUGCAUUAUGUCUGGUAAACUAGAGCGUGCUGCUCAUUCUGCAUCUGUCGUUGUUGAUAACGAUCUAGAAGUUGAUGGCACAAAAUCGAGUUUCAAGCGCUUUGGUGCUGUAUUUUUGCGCAACACAAUCAACUUUUCAUCUCCUGUUGAUUAUAUCGAACACUGUCUAAAAAUGGCCUUCGUGCCUCAAGAUGGUCUGAACCGCCUGAUCGAGCCAUUGUCGUUCAGACAAGUAGACGGAAGGAGAUCAAAAUCGCCAUCACCUGCAGAGGACGUUUACUUGGGCAGUACAGUGGAGAGGGUUUGUCGAGUAUUUCCUGAUUUGCGCAUGUGCAGUUUAGCACCAGCACCAAAGAAUCAAUUGAUGUCUCCAAAUACAUUGGAAAGCUUGGAUGAUCAGGGUUUGCAUCAGCAACUGUUUGCUGCAUGUUGCCAUGGCAAUCUAAAAACUUUGAAGCAACUUUUGUCUGACCCAAGAAUUGUAUCUCUUGUCAAUGUGAUUGAUGAUAAUGGAUGUAGUUAUCUCAUGUGGACUGUAGCAAGUGGGAGUACUGCAUGUGUGUCAUUAUUGAUUGAUCAUCAAGGUGACAUUAAUGCUACAGACAGGCAAGGUCGUACUUGUCUUCACUGGGCAUGUCGGCUUGGUCAAACAGAAAUUCUUAGGUUAUUGCUUCGACAAGGAAUUGACAUCACUAAAGUUGACUCCAAGGGUCAAACAUGUGUCCACGUGGCUGCUGAACGUCGUCAGACUGAUGUCUUGACUAUAUUAGUGAAAGAAGGAGGUUCUGAUGUUGAUGUGAAAGAUACAGAUGGAGUGACUGCAUUGAUGUUGUCUGCAAGACAUGGUGGGAGUGGUCUGGUGCAGUUACUGCUAAAGGUAGGUGCAGAUCCUACGUCCUCAGACAAGCAAGGAAAAUCAGCAAUUCACUGGGCUGCAGCAAAUUCAAAUGUGAAAUGCAUUCGUGUUAUUGUUGACCAUCACAAGCCAACACUUCAUUUCACAGAUUACUUUCAGCAAACAGCAUUACAUAUUGCAGCAGCUGAAGGAAAUAUGAAAGUAGUUGAGUAUUUAGUCAAGAAGGGCAUUGCACCAUCGGUUGCAGAUGCUGUUGGCUUAUCUCCACUUCAUUGGGCAGCAUUCAGUGGCCACUUGAAUUGUGUGAAAUUCUUUUUGGGUGUCAAGUCUGUCGAUUGUCUUAUCAGUCGUACUGACAACUAUGGAGCCUUGGCAAUACACUAUGCUGCACUAAAGGGACAAGAAAGUGUUAUAAGUGCUCUCACGAACAAGAAAAAGCAGUUUGAUUGUGUGGAUCAAUUUGGCUUCUCUCCUCUUUAUUGGUCUAUAUUUGGUGAUUGUCUUGAUACAGUCAGUUGGCUGCUCAAAUCAGAAACGGAUACUAAACGACAAGACAGCAAAGGUUGCACUGUCCUGCACUUAACUGCUCAUCUUGGUCUCUCUGAUUUGUGUCAGUUAAUGAUAUCAAAGGGAGCUGAUUUACAUGCAGCUGAUAAUUCGCAAGCUAUUCCUCUUCUUCUUUCUUCUCGUUAUGGCCACGCAGAAACAACAUUUGAUCUCAUUCAGAGUGGGUCUAGUGUUAUUGCAAAGGAUGACAGGCAGAGAACUGCUGUGCAUUUGGCAGCUCGUGCAGGUCAUGCAGAUGUUCUUCGGGUGUUGUUGGAUGCUGGAGCUGAAGCGCAUGCUACAGAUUCUAAUGGAAUGCUGGCUAUACAAUAUGCUGCAGACAGUGGAAGAACAGAAGCUAUCAGAGUUCUCAUAGAUUAUGGAAGUAAUAUUCAAGUUGUGGGACAAGAUGGUCGUACUCUACUUCACAGAGCAGCUGCUGGAGGUUUCACGGACUGCUGUUUACUCCUAAUUCGGCGUGGAAUUCCAAUUAAUGCUGUUGAUAACACAAUUCACAAAAUGACUGCACUUGACCUGGCUGUAGAUGGCCAACAAAAGGCUUGUGCUGACUUUCUGGUAUCAGAAGGAGCAAGAACAAAUGGUGGACAAUUUCAUCGUGCUGCCAGACUUGUGCAGGCUUGGUGGAAAUUUAGGCGAUAUAAGCAACGACAAGAUAUAUCAAGAGAGCAUGCAGCUCUUGUACUUCAAUGUGCUGCAAGACAACUGUUGACGGGAAGAAGAGUUCAGAGACUUAAGAAGCUGCAGUUUUCUGUGAGGAGUCGUGCAGCUAGCAUCAUACAAAAGAAAUGGAGAGCAUAUGUGAAUGAAAAGCGUCGGUAUGAAGCAAACUAUGCUGCACUAAAAGCAAACCUUGAAGAAGAAAGAAAGCAAGCACUGAUGGCUCUUAAGAUGAUUCGUGAGCAAGAGCACAAUUGCUGUGUGCCUCCAAUACAAAUCAGGCUUCCUCGUGUUGCACCUGUAAGACAUUUGGCUUGCCCACAAAGGCCUUUAAAUCCUUCUUAUGUUUCUGUGACCACUACUGGUAAUUAUGGUCCAGUUGUUACUUUGUCAUCAAAAGCUAAGAAACGAGGCAACACAUCACCUUCAUCAUUCCGUGACGUUUAUUCAAAACACAGUGAAAUUAGUUGUAGGGUUAAUCUACCAGAUAUUAGUGCUGGAAGACUGUCAAAUAGGGUAAGGUCUGGUGAGGUUGAUCAAAGUGAAAAGGAAAGUGUGACUGAGAGACAACCAGUUGCUGUGAAAUUCUCAGAGUCUGAUAUAGAGAAGAAAGAAACAACUGGGGAAUCAAAUGAAUCAAAUAAACAGAGAUCAGAGAAGAUUGGGAAGAGGAGACCACGAGGAGAACCAGUUGUAUUGAACAAUCUUGCUUCCAAUUUGGAGAGACAGAACAAGUCAUUGCUGCAUAAAAUUGAACUGCGUGAUCGAGAAAUUCAACGUCUACGCGAAGAGAAGAGAGAACUGACAAUUCUGAAAAGGUUUCAGGAUCGAGAGUUAGCUGAUGUAAGGCAGAAAGUACAAACAUCUGAACUACAAUCUGUUCGAGCUCAUUCAUCAAGGUUUUCUGGUCAUGGGCGACCUACUCAACUCUAUUCUAGCGAGACCAGCAUGUCGAGCGGCUCACUGUUGCAUAGAGCAAAGUCUGUCAAUGGAAGUCGGGGCAGCAAAACAAGAAUCAACAAGGACGUGUUGGUGCAGCAUCAGCUACAUAUUGAACAAUACAAGGAGAGAUGUGAAGAGCUGAGGCGAGUGGUGGAAUCAGUAAAGGAAAUGCAGAAGCUAUUGCGAUCACAAUCACAAAGUUCACUGGGAGCAUCUGCAAUGCAAACGAGUCGUGAAGAUUUAAAACAGCAGAUAAAGAAUGCAUUAGAAGAAGUCAUUAGACUUCGAUCAGAAACAGACGCUUUGGAAUCUCUAGCUAGGAAAAAUCAGGUGGAAUCUUCAAAGAAAGACCAACGUCUUUCAAAUUUGGCUGCUGUUUCUUCCUGAGAUCUUGAUGACUCUAAUAUACGUCUAUGAGCAUUUGUAGUCUGCACAAUUUGUGUUAUAACACGUAGUAUUGUACAGUAUAUAUACAAUAGUGUAGUUGUUAUAAAGCUGUGGUAUGAUAUUUAUAAAAAAAUAUUAAAAAGAAUUUAUGUGA